AUGUGGACCUCGUUUGCGAGAAGCUGCUCGCCAAUGUUCCAACCUGUCGCAAGUUUUUUUCGGGGGGUCAUCACUAACAAACACGGAGCAUGUCGUAUCAUUUGUGAAACAUGGACUUUAUUUGUGAGAAGCCGCACAUUGACGCCCCAACUCGUCGCAAUGCAUUGGGGUGAGACAUCACCAAAAUUCACAGAAUAUGUCAUAUUAUUUGGGAAACAUGGGCCCUUUUUUUUAGAAGCUGCACAUCGACAUUCGAGCUCGUCGCAAUGCUUUUUGGGGAGACACCACCAAAAAACACGGAGCAUGACAUAUUGUUUGGGAGACGUGCGCCCCGUUUGCGAGAAGCUACGCGUCGAAGUUCGAACUCGUCGCAAUGCUUUAAAACAUCACCAACAAAUGCAAUAUUAUUUGAGAAAUAUGGGCCCUCUGUUCGAAAACCUGUACAUCAAUGUUUGCGCUCGUCGCAAGCUUUUCUGGGGUUGCCACCAAAAAACACAGAGCAUGUCAUAUUAUUACCCAAUUCCGUCCUGGCGUAUAUCUUCCUCCUGCUGCAAAGAAGAUCACAGUGUAAUCGGCCUCGACUGA